AUGACGCCGCGAGGGUUGUGUCGCACGACGAGUCGCGAUGUCUGGAAGCAAGGCUGACUUUGGAGAGCUCUUGCAUUGAGUUGACGGAAAAACUGCAGUGUUUGCGUUGCCUGAAAGUCACAGGCUGCGCACGCGUGCCCGCCGGUUCAUGCCCAACUCUCGAACCCACGCCAUGGCCAGCUGCUCCCCCAGGUUUACGUGGUGCGCCUGUCGCAAACACAAGAUCCCCUCCAAGGACACCCACGAGCUGUGUCUGCACUGCCUGGGCAUACAGCACGCCAAGGAGGCCGUGCUGGAGUACGGCAAGUGCCCGCACUGCGCCAAGAUGGACUGGAGCACCUGCAUCAACCGGCUGACCAAAGUGCAGGAGGUGAUCUACCGCGAGAACCAGCUGAAGAAGACCGAGGCUGCCCAGUCAGAGGCGCAGCCAAAGCCCGAGACCACCUUAGUUCCCGUCAGCGAAUCAAAAGUGACGAAAGACCCCGUCCCCGCCCCGCCCCCUGCAGCACCCCUCACGGCUACGCCUGUGGCGUCCUCCACCGUCCCUGUGAUGUUCACCAUCCUGUCCCCGCCCCCUGUGCAGACGGAAGCCAAUCCCAGCAUCCUGAGGGGCGCCCAUCCAUCCCCAUUGGCCGUUCAGCAGUCAGGUGCCCCUGCCUCGUCUCUGGCCCAGGCCAGCCCUGACCUGGUGCGCGCCUCCCGCUCUCACAAACGGAGGCACUUCCCCACAUGCCACUCGCGGUGCUCCAAGCGGGCCAAGCGGAGCCACGGCCACCGCAGGAGGCGCGCCCCCUCGUCCUCCCUGUCCUCCUCGCCCUCCUGGAGCUCCUCGGACUCCUCCUGCUCCUCCGCCCGGCAGGAGAGGAAGUGUCGGCGGGUGAAGCUGGAGCGGCAGCAGAGCCGCCUGCUGGAGCUGGUGCAGCAGAAGCUGGAGGCCCAGCAGCAAGCCAUACAGGCACAGUGGACCUUGCUGGAGAAGCGCAUCGAAGCCCUGGAGAAGAAGACAGCGGAGCCCCAAGCGGCUGCCUCCGCCUCCGUCACGGCCCAGACUGCGCCACCGGCCUCGGCUCUGCCGUCCACUUCCUCCCAAGAGAGGCAACAGGAAGCGGAACUGAGAGAAGAGUCUGGGCCCUCCACGGACGCAGCAGUGAGGGAGCCCUCCCUCCCCUGCGUGGUGAAGCAGGAAGAGGAGCCCACCUCCAUUUCGGCGCGCGCAAACGGGGAAGUGGAAAGUGAAGGGGAGGGGGAAGAAGCCCCCCUCCUCCCUGAGGACCCCCUUUCCAGGCAGGACCUGCUCACAGCCACAGAGCUACAGAGCCUCAUCGCCCGGGCGGCCAAGUACUUGGGAAUCGACUUCCCCAGCACGCCAGGCAGCCCCUCCUCCCCGGACCCCACCAUGGUGCCGGAGUUUGAGGAGUUGGUGCAGAGCACGUGGUCCAACCCGGCCAGCUCACGGCCCUUCAGGGAGGUGUUCUCCAAGAUGUACCGGCUGCACGACUGCCAGGCCCCGGCCUACGACCGCAUGCCCCAGGUCAACCGCUUCAUGUCCGCCAUCUUCCAGGCCGUCAAGCCCUCAGAGCCCAAGGAGGCGGCCAUGCCCGCGGAACGCUGGCGCUUCACAGAGACGCUGGCGGAGCGGGUCUAUCAGACGGCCGGCAUGCUGGCCAGGACCGCCAACUACCUGCGCUACCUGUCCGACUACCAGAAACGGCUGCUGGUGGAGAUCACAGAGGACCGGCCUGCCCAGCGGUUCGUGACCGUGCUGAACGAGCUCAAGCUGAUUGGACAGUUCGCCUUCCAGCUCUCCUCGCAUCAGGCCGAGCUCUCUGGCAGGGUGAUGGCGUCCUCUGUUGCCAUCCGGCGACAGGUCUGGAUGGCAAAAACCAAUUACACAGAUGCUCUGAAGGCCACGGUGGCAGAUUUGCCCUUUGUGGUAAGCCAUACCUUUGAGGCAGGUGUGGGCGCUGCCCCCAGUGACGCUGUAUGCAAACAGGAAACAUCGUGA